AUGAGACGAUUUGAUACGGCGUACAGUUUAUACAUGCUGGAGAUUACCCUGAUAAUACAGAGUUUGAUGGUGCAAUACUCAGCAUUAUCGCCUGUUGUGUGUCCGAAGGAAUGCUCAUGUGGAAGUAUUUUUGGUUUGAAGCCCUAUGUCAAAUGUGACAACGUACAGUCAGGAAAUGUAUACAAGGUUAUGAUCGAAAUACCACAGAACACUGAAGAAAUGCAAAAGAAUGACAAAUACAUCUCUGACACACCUGUAUCAAUUGCAUGGAAAUUAUCCCAGACUUCUCGAUCUAUCAUUGAAGAAUUGCUCAAUUCUGAAUCUCAAAGAAACUUUACAGCCGUUUUUAUUUGCAAGCAAGAAGAGGAUAUAUUCAAUGAAAAAAAACAAGUUGUCUUGCUAUUUGUCAAUUAUAACCAGGCUUUUGGAGAUUCCGUUACUUUCAACGACAUCACGACCGUCCAGGAAGAUACAUUUCAGAGUCUGGUGAUGCUACAACAGUUAGACCUAAGUGCAAAUAACAUUAAGAAGAUUCCCUCUCUCAGUGCCUUAUCCUCAAUAAAAUUCCUAUACCUCUCCAAUAAUCAAAUCCGAAUGAUUGAGAGCAAAGCUUUUGAUGAUCUGCGAUAUCUGUCAAUGCUAUUGUUGUCUGGGAAUGAAAUUAACACUCUGCCGGAGAAAAUGGCACUUCAAUUCCAUUUAAUGGACUUAAGUCAGAUAAUUUUGCAUGACAAUCCACUAACAUGCAGCUGUAAAAAUAGGUGGUUAAUAUCGUGGCAGAAGAAAAGAUGCGAUUUACACCACAAAACAAAGGAAUGUGCCCUGAUGUGCUUUCAGAACGGAACCAGUAUUUCAAUGGAGAAAUUCGAUAUGAAUAACUUGACCUGUGGUUGUAAAGCACGGUGUUACUGCAGUACUCAAAGUGUUGAAUCCUGUAAAGUAACUUGUUACGAUGAUUCGGAUUCUGAAGAAAUACAAACAACUCAGUGUUCCUCGUGUCCUAAAGGAUCUCAUCCCCUCUAUGAUUGGGCCUCAGAAUGUGUUUGUCAAAAAGGAUACACGCUUGUAGAUGGAGUUUGUGAACAAUGUCCAGAGGGAUCAUUCAAGUCAUUUAUUGGCCCAGCAGCAUGUACCCCCUGUCCACAGUACUCGACCAGUCAAAUUGGUAGUACUUCGGAGGAACAAUGUGUCUGUCAGUAUGGAGAAUUCAAAAUACUGUCGGACCAAGAAAGAAAAUGUCAACGCUAUGAAAACGAGGAAUUUGUGAGAUUAGGUAUGGAACCAGUGGUAACGUUUGCACCAGAGAAGAACGAUCAAAUGACAGAAUAUGAAAACAGAUCGAAAACACCAGAUGGUGUAGUGUUUGGUGUCGUUGGAAUUGUAAUUGUUUUAUUCUUUGUUGGUGUUGGAUUUACAGUGUAUAAAUGGAAACAAACACAUCGAACUUAUCUAAAAUUUCCGAAACUGCUAAUGUGUAAAUCAUCAUAUCAAUACGAAGAGCGACACGAGUCUCUGAUUUAUUCUACCAAACUUAAGAAUUAUUAUAAAGGACUUAAAGUUGCUUCUGGUCAGCUAAAAAUAGGAAAAUUGAUUGGACGUGGAGCCUUUGGAAUGGUGCAUGAGGGAUAUUUACGUGACAAAAAAGAUGAAAAUACGAAAAGAGUGGCCAUCAAAAGACUAAAGGAAGACGCCACACGAGAAGAACAAGAGGCUCUACAGAUGGAGUUGGAUCAUAUGAUGUACGUUGGAAAACAUCCCAAUAUCAUAGAGCUGAUAGGCCUAUGUUCUAUGAAAGGUUCUUUGAUGUUGGUGCUAGAGUAUGCAUGUAAUGGUGAUCUUCUAUCCUAUUUAAGACGAUGUUCAACAGUUCCAGGCUUACAACUUAAUUCUCCUGGUUUCGGCCCUGAUAAAGCUGCUGUUGUAUUGUAUAGAACUUUGGUUAUGUUUGCAUGGCAUGUUUCUAAAGGAAUGUGUCAUUUAGAAAAAUUAAAGUGUAUUCAUAGAGAUAUUGCUGCAAGAAAUAUUCUACUCACACAGGACCCAAUCGCAAAGAUAUCUGAUUUUGGGCUCUCAAGAGAUGUGUAUGAAUCAGCAUAUUAUUUUAAAGUCUCAAAGGGAAGGUUACCUUUUAAGUGGAUGAGUCCUGAGGCUCUCCUGAUGGGACAAUAUUCCAUUAAAAGCGAUGUAUGGUCUUUUGGAAUACUUCUAUGGGAGGUUGUCACGCUUGGUGGAAACCCUUUUGCUGGAAUUCCAGUUGAAUCAUUAUGUGAAAUGUACGCCAAUAAUUAUCGGCUACCCAAACCUGCGACUUGUCCAGACUAUCAAUACAAGCUAAUGCUGGAAUGCUGGGCUGAACGCACACAAGAAAGACCUUCUUUCAACGAAAUCGAGGCCAGAUUAGAUGGCAUGUUGCAGCGUGUGGCAAACAGGGACUACAUAAACGUUAUGGAAGAGGGAGAUAUUCUUGUGUGUCACAAUAACGAUGUGACGGAUUCUAGAGAAAACAUUACCACGUGUUUGUCAACCGACUCGGACGACAGGACAUUUCAUGAGUCCUCUGAUUCGGACUCUAUCACAGAGAAGAAUUCAGAGAUGUUGUCGCACCACCCACGCCGAAGUCAUCCGCCUCGAAAAACGUCAAAGGAAAGUGCAACGGAUCGACAGUCAGUGACGUUACAACAUGACAAGGAAUCGUCUAGACUUGUGAAAUCCAUGAGCUCCAUAGAAUUACAGAAUUUGCCUGAUUACAAAAUUCAGAUGUGGUCUAAUCCUAUUUACGGUUCCAGAAGAAAGCUGAAAGAAACGAAGUGUACGUGAAAUUUCAGACAGCAGCUAAUUACGAGAAAAUGUGAAUGAGCACCAUGCAAAUCCUGCUUUGCAAAAACAUCACACCUCGUCAGUGAUUUUAAAACAAAAAAAAGGGAAACUUAAUCAUGUUAAUAAACUUCAAAAGAACCUAUGAUCAACAAUGAAUUAACUU